AUAAAUAAAUAAAUAAAAUGGUUUGAAAGAAGUAAAUAGAGGAAGACAAGGAUGGAGAAAGCAGCAGGGGAAUCGCGGAGCAACAAAGCAGCUGUUCAAGCUACCAACGAUGAUGCUUCCGCCAGCAAAUUGUCAUGUGUGAAGAAAGGAUAUAUCAAAGAUGAUUAUGUACAUUUAUUUGUAAGAAGGCCCGUCAGGAGAUCUCCGAUAAUUAAUCGCGGUUACUUUGCUCGUUGGGCUACUUUCCGCCAGUUUCUUAACCAGUUUCUGAAGUCAAACGAUGGUGGUCCUGUCAAGAAGCAGAUUUUAUCUCUGGGAGCUGGUUUCGAUACGACGUACUUUCAGCUGCAGGAUGAAGGGAAGGCGCCACAUUUAUACGUGGAACUGGAUUUUAAGGAGGUGACUAGUAAAAAGGCAUCGAUUAUUGAAACUUCUGGCCAAUUAAGGGAAAAGAUCAGUGAAGCUGCAUCAAUUUGUCGAGAGAAAGGAGAAGUAAUCAGUGAUAACUACAAACUUCUUCCUGUUGAUUUAAGGGAUAUACAAACCUUGAAUGACCUCAUAUCAGCCCAUAUGGAUCCAAGCUUGCCAACAUUUAUUAUUGCAGAAUGCGUGUUAAUCUACUUGGAUCCUGAAUCAAGCCGUGCUAUUGUUGAAUGGGCAUCAAGAACAUUUUCGACAUCAAUAUUCUUCUUAUAUGAGCAGAUUCUUCCUUAUGAUGCAUUUGGACAACAAAUGAUUAGAAAUUUGGAGAGUCGAGGCUGUGGGCUAUUAGGCAUAUAUGAUACACCAACAUUGCUUGCAAAGGAAAAACUAUUUCUCGAUCAGGGUUGGCAGAGAGCUGUUGCUUGGGAUAUGAUGAAGAUCUAUACUACCUUCAUUGAUUCUCGAGAACGACAAAGGAUUGAAAGAUUGGAAUUGUUUGAUGAGUUUGAAGAGUGGUACAUGAUGCAGGAGCACUACUGUGUAACUAUUGCAAUCAAUGAUACCAUGGGCCUGUUUGAAGAUUAUGGUUUCCCUAAGGACCAGCCUGUGACUGCUGCUUCUACACCAGUAUCUCCAUGAUAAUUAUUGACAAGAUUUGGGAACUAGUCACUUGCAGUUACAUCAAUAUGUAUCACGUGAUUGGCACAUGGUACACAGGAACUACUAAAGUACCAAAAUGGGAAAGCUUUACUUAAGUGGUUGAUUGGAUCUAGUGGGUAAUACUGGGUGUUAUUCUUUGAAUCUUCCAAGAAAAGAUAGUUUGUGCUUUUUCUCUUUUUAGGUGUGCCAAAUGCCCAAAUGAACCAAUGUGGGUCAUUCUUGUUAUUAUUGCACUAGUGUGGCCACUUUUGUGGUGGAUCUCUUUUGAUUUAUAGGGGUAAAUAUGACUUUUAAUGGCUUGUUUCAUAUAUACACAUAUAUAUCUCUCAAAAAUUUAACAAA